AUGCCUUUCACUCAGAACAACAUCAGACUUCAACUGUGUUUUCAAAGCUUCCAACAAUUCAUUGCUGCAAAUAACAUCAUUGCAUUUUGCAAAGUUUCCUCCAAGGACUUCAAAAUGAAGUUUACCAUUGCUGCUAUCAUGCCUCUUGUGGUAGUCACUGUCUCUGCCACGCCUCUUGAGGUCCGCCAGUCCAACCAAGUCACCGCAGCUCUAUCCAAUGACCAAUCUGGAGCAUAUGCUAGCGUAACAUUCCAAGCCGAUGACACUUAUAAGAGCAUCUUCUCCCUCUUCAGUGGUACCUCUGUUGGGGCAGGUGGUACCGUCAAGGCAACCGCCGCCCAGCUCACCAACUUUGCGCAAUCUAUCAAUUGUGUUAUCAAGAACAACGACGCUACCAUUGGUACCUUGACUGCCCAGAAAACCUAUUUGGAUCUAGAUGGAAGUCCCCACGCUGCCAUUCCAAUCAACCUGGACAAUGCUGAGAUUCUCUGUCGUGUUUGA